AUGAGUUCCAAAACAGCUAAGGAACUUUGGGACAGUCUAGAACAAAGGUUUGGUAAGUCUAAUGGUGCCAAACUAUACCACUUACAAAAGGAGCUAACAGGUUUGGUGCAAGGAGGAAAGUUAACAAAGUCACUAGAGGAUCAGAGGUUAAUCCAGUUUUUAAUGGGUUUGAAUGAUGUUUAUACACAAGCUAGAGGAAACUUCAUUAUGAUGAACCCACUACCUACUAUGGACACUACAUAUUCUCUUCUUCUACAAGAUGAGAACCAAAGAGAGAUAUAUGCAAAUGCCCAGAUUUCCUCAGAUUCUGCAUCCUUUAUGGCUACUGGACAGAGUUUGUUAAACCUCGCAAAAGUUCAAGGGAAAAAGAAAUACAAUCCCAAUGUAAGUUGUACUCAUUGUGGAAAGACAGGACACACAAUAGAUGAUUGUUAUAGGUUACAUGGAUUCCCAGAUGAUUUUGAGUUCACUAAAGGAGAAGCUAAAGGCAAUGCAGCAGUAAUGUAUGAAGAAGGGGAAUACCGCCGAUAA